AUGGAUAGCUUCGCGCCCCUGUCGCCCAACGGCGGCGACGCGUCUCCCCAGUCUGCUGGUGCCGGUGCCGGUGCCGGUGCCGGUGCUGGCGCUGGCGCUGGCGCUGGCGCUGGCGCUGCUCAUGAUGGUGUACAGAGACGCGUCAUUAGGAAGCUUUGCAAAAAAAAUCGAGACGAUCCCUCCGCUACUCUCCUCGAUCUCCCGGAGCCUCUCAAACAUUGCGAUAGCGACGAUGAGGACUCGCCUAAUGAUCCAGCCUCUCAACGCGGUCGUGCCAUGUCCGUCAACAUGAACCAGAGCAUAUUCGGUCUUAUAGCAGCAGCAGGAUCACGGGUAGACUUCAAUACUCGCUUCGACGACGGAAGCAGCGAUGACGAAGACAGCGAGCAAUCGAAGAGUUCUAGUGGAAGCCAACCUCUUUCGCAGACCAUAAUACUUCCGCCGCGGGACAAGGACGCCAGACGGGGUCAUCACAAAAGGCUCUCCUCUGGCCACAGACUGCUGAAAUCGCUUUCCACUCUGCCGAAGAGGAAAAGCAAAAGGCGAGAAGCGAGUCGACUAUCCGCCCCGCUGAUGGAUUCGUCUGACGAAGCACGAGAAUCUACAGAACUUUCCGCGUCUGCCAUCGCUCCGCAUCAGGAAGAUAGCAGACUUGCACCAGUUAUGAGCCGGAUGCUGCAGGCUAGAGCAGAAGUAGCCAGCAGACCCAGCUUCGACAUGGAGCGGCGAUCCAGUGAUCUUGCCAGAAGCCGCGACGGUGAUGAAUCUUCUGCGUUGGCGAAGCGGCUCAUGGAGAUUUUUGAGUUUGAUGAGCCGGAACAAGUCAUCGAGGAAUAUCCAUGUUGGUUGUUACAAAGCGUGCUCCUCCAAGGCUUUCUCUACAUCACGAGCAAGCAUAUUUGCUUUUAUGCCUACCUUCCCAAGAAAGCGCAUGUUGUGGCCAAGUCUGGCUAUUUGACAAAGAGUGGCAAGCGCAAUCCCAAGUAUCAUCGAUACUGGUUCCGUCUAAAGGGCGAUGUUUUGUCAUACUAUCGUGAUUCAACGAAUCUUUAUUUUCCACAUGGUCAAAUUGACUUGAGGUUUGGCAUCUCCGCCAGUACCGUGGAUAAAGACAAGGACAGUCUGCAAUUCAACGUUGUCACCAGUCACCGCACCUACAACUUCAAAGCUGACAGUGCUCCGAGUGCCAAAGAAUGGGUCAAGAGCCUCCAACGGGUAAUUUUUCGGAGCCAUAAUGAAGGCGACAGCGUCAAGAUCUCGUUGCCUAUUGAUAAUGUGAUCGAUAUUGAAGAGACUCAGAUGAUGGAAUUUUCCGAAACGUGCAAAAUUCGAGUUGUCGACAAUGACGAAACUUAUGCUAUUGACGAGUAUUUCUUUUCUUUCUUCAACCUUGGAAAGGAGGCCAUCAACGUGCUCAAAAUCCUGGUCGAUGACGCUUCAUCCACACAAAGAACUCCAGGGAAACUCAUUGCGGAGCAAGAGUUGCAAAAGCAGGACCAACCCGAGCAGAACCCGAAUAGCCAGCCCUCUCCAUCGAUCUCGCAGCAGCCAGCGAAAUUGACUUCCCGUCAGACUAUUGUUGUCGAUAAGAUCCGAACGACGAAGCUGCCCGAGGCCGUCAAAGCUACCCUUUCUCCCAUGUCACCUCCGGCAAAUUCUAGCCCGCAGGUUAGUAUGGAGUGCUCUUCUCGGACUAGUCUAGACGCAGUGCGAUGUAAGGGACGACGAAGUCAGGAAGUAUCCAACAUGAUCAGCGAGCAAAGCACCCGGAGGAGCUUCAGUGGUCAUCGACGAGCCCAGAACGCUCGUCAGUCUGAAGAUAAAAAGGGCAGGCAUGUAAUGGAAUACUCUGACUCAAACUUGCAAUCAUCUACAGAAGAUCCCAGUUUCUCAAACUUGGUUAUGUCUCUACCAACUGAGGAUCCCUCAGCAAGUCAGAUUCUAAAAGGCAGCGAAGUGUUCCACAGCCCAACCAUGCGCCGGUCGGAUGCCUCGAGUCAGUCUACAGACCCCAGGGAGGAAGAGUUGUCCAAGAAUUCGGAAAAGUUUCUCUCUGAUGCCUCGGCACCUAUGAAACACGCGGCGACAACUGGUCAUGUCAGUCAAUUUGGAUAUCAUGGCCAGGCUGAGCAGGCCGGAUCGACUACUCCCACUCUCCAGAGCAUCACUAAGAUAGGAUCAUACCCUCUCCAGCGUGCGGGCGCGUUCGCCGAUUAUUUGAACAAAACAAGCAAGCGAAUGAGUUCCCUUCUCGCCACAGAGUCUAUGGGAUAUGUUGAGAAGGUUUCAGGGAUGUGGAAGGGUGGUCGCAAGCACUAUGGAGAACCCGCCGAACUUCGGACAGAUGAGGACGACAUAGAGGAGGACUCUGAAGGCAAAACCCAGACGUCCAUGGAUCGAUUUCGUGCUCAUUUUGCCCUGCCAGAGUCCGAGAAGCUGCAAGCUACCUAUUUCGGCUGUAUCAUCCGAGUGCUACCUCUAUAUGGCAAGAUUUACAUCAGUGACAGAUCAUUCUGCUUCCGCAGUCUGCUGCCAGGCACCAGAACCAAAUUGAUUCUGCCGCUCAGGGACAUUGAAACUGCCCACAAGGAGAAGGGAUUUCGGAUCGGGUAUUCGGGUCUUACCGUCGUCAUUCGCGGGCACGAGGAGGUUUUCUUUGAGUUUAGCCAGCCCGACGUACGUGAUGACUGUACCGUGACGCUGCUCCAAAGUCUGGAAACAAAUCGUUACCUAAGGGAAGCGGGACUCCUUAACCAGGAGGAACACGAGGAACAGCAUCAGGCCAUGGCCGAACGAGAUGCUCUCAAGUCAGCUAGACAAGAAGACUUCCCUCAGCACGAGAUUCUCCCGCCCCAACAAGCAGACUCGCAACCAAACGCUCCAACUAUUCUCAUGGACGAGACUGAUGGCUCUUUUCUCAACUUCAAGCCACCACAGCCCAUGAGAAUCACUUGUCUAACUAUAGGAUCGAGAGGGGAUGUCCAGCCCUACAUUGCUCUUUGCAAAGGCUUGCUCACUGAAGGGCACCAGCCUCGAAUUGCGACCCACGCCGAGUUUCAAGACUGGAUCGAAUCUCACGGAAUCGAGUUCGCCAAGGUUGAGGGCGACCCUGGCGAACUUAUGCGACUGUGUAUUGAGAACGGCACUUUCACCAUCUCAUUCCUUCGUGAGGCCAACUCAGCAUUCAGGGGGUGGCUCGACGAGCUGCUUGAUUCAGCAUAUCAAGCAUGCCUAGGCUCGGAACUUCUCAUUGAGUCGCCCUCCGCCAUGGCGGGCAUUCACAUCGCAGAAAAACUAGGCAUUCCAUACUUUAGAGCCUUCACUAUGCCUUGGACCAGAACGCGUGCAUAUCCUCACGCCUUCAUCAUGCCCGAGCAUAAGAUGGGUGGUGCUUAUAACUACAUGACAUACGUUAUGUUUGACAACAUCUUUUGGAAAGCCACGGCACAGCAAAUCAACCGCUGGCGCAAUAAAACACUUGGCCUUCCCAACACGAGCUUGGAGAAGAUGCAGCCGAACAAAGUGCCAUUCCUGUACAACUUCAGUCCCAGCGUCGUUGCCCCUCCUCUUGAUUUUUCUGACUGGAUCAGAGUCACGGGGUACUGGUUCCUAGAUGAAGGCGGUGAAUACAAACCACCCAGGGAAUUGUCCGACUUCAUCCAAAAGGCCAGAGACGAUGGCAAGAAGCUUGUCUACGUUGGCUUCGGCUCCAUCAUCGUGAACGAUCCUGUCAAGAUGACGCAAGAGGUUAUUGAUGCAGUUCUCAAGGCCGACGUUCGCUGCAUUCUGUCCAAGGGCUGGUCUGAUCGUAUCUCAUCAAAAGAUGAUCCCGCCAAGCCCAGGCCGGAUGAACCAGAAAUGCCUGCCGAAAUUUUCGUCAUCAAGUCCGCGCCCCACGACUGGCUGUUUCGUCAAAUUGACGCUGCUGCUCACCACGGCGGAUCUGGAACGACCGGCGCAAGUCUGCGGGCGGGUAUCCCUACAAUUAUUCGACCGUUCUUUGGCGAUCAAUUCUUCUUUGCAACCCGAGUAGAGGAUCUGGGUGUUGGUAUCGGCUUGAGAAGAUGGGGCGCCAACAGCUUUGGCAGGGCGCUGUGGCAGGCGACGCGCAACGAGCGAAUGAUUACAAAAGCUCGUGUCCUCGGCGAGCAGAUUCGCAAAGACAAGGGCGUCGACACUGCCAUUCAAAAUAUAUACCGCGAUCUCGAAUAUGCAAAGAGUCUCAUUAAGCGCAAAGUCGGACAUAAUGAACAACCAGAUGCUGACGACGACGAGGACACUGAGGAGAGCUGGACUUUUGUAGGCGCAGACGAGCCAGAUCCGGACAUGGUCACGAAGAAGCUGAGUGAAGGACUCGGCUUCUUUGGCAAGCAGAGGAGCUUGGGCAGCCAGGCGAUCAAGGCAUCGUCUUGA